AUGGAUAAACGUCAACUUGAACAAGAAAAGCAAAACAAAUCUUUUAUGGACACUGUGAAAGCUGAACUCUUCUCACCAGAGAAACGUCAAGGAAAUCUCAACAUUGCACUUUCGGUUACUGUCUUCACUGGCGCCAUCGUCUUCCUUCGUAAUUGGGGUGAACUCUUGGCUGUUUAG